AUGAUACUCACUUAUCACGAUAUUUCUUGGGCCGACGUAUGCAAGGAAGCAUUGGCAACGACACAUACCGACAUCAUCCUUCGCGCUCGUGCCCUGGGUAUCCCUACUCGCGUCAUCCACAAUGCAUCGAUAAUGAACGCAGUCGGCGCCUGUGGUCUCCAACUCUACAACUUUGGACAGACAGUUUCCUUAGUCUUCUUCACAGAGACAUGGAAACCCGACAGCUUUUACGAUAGGAUCAAGGAGAAUGCGGAUCUCGGUUUGCACACGCUCGUGUUGCUGGACAUAAGUGUCAAGGAGCAAAGCGAGGAGAAUCUAGCUCGUGGUCGGAAGAUCUAUGAACCACCUCGAUACAUGUCAAUACGACAGGCUGUCUCUCAACUCAUAGAGAUAGAGUCACUAAGGCAGACCGGGACGCUAUCUCCUGAUACAACACUUGCAGUCGUGCUUUCUCGUGUUGGCGGUGGAAGCGACAAUCAGAGGAUCGUCGCUGGUACCCUGACCGAGCUCGUGAACCAUCCAGAAGAUGCUUUCGGAGACCCUCUGCAUAGUCUUGUCAUCGUCGGCAAACGACUUCACCACCUUGAGGUCGAAUAUGCUCAAGACUUCGCCGUUGAUGUCGAGAGAUGGAGGAAUACCGCCAAGCAAGUCUACGGAUGCGCAUUGGAUUAG